CAGACACAGAGCAAGGUCAUCACCUAUGCAGGCUGCAUCACCCAGAUGUUCUUUUACAUACUCUUUAUAGUGUUGGAAGGCUUCCUCCUGACUGUGAUGGCCUAUGACCGGUAUGUGGCCAUCUGUCACCCCCUUCACUACACCAUCAUCAUGAAUUCUCAGUUCUGUGUGUUACUGGUUCUGGGGUCUUGGAUCACAUGUGUCUUGCAAUCCUUGCUCCAAAACUCAAUGGUGUUGCAGCUGUCCUUCUGUCCACAUACCCAAAUCCCCCACUUUUUCUGUGAAUUUAUCCAGGUGUUGCACCUUGCCUGUUCUGACACCUUCAUUAAUGACAUUGUCAUAUAUUUUGCAGCCGUGCUGCUGGGUAGUGCAACCCUUACUGGCAUCCUUUACUCUUACUGUAAGAUAGUUUCCUCCAUACGUAAGAUCUCAUCAGCUCAGGGGAAGUACAAAGCCUUUUCCACCUGUGCCUCUCACCUCUCAGUUGUCUCCUUAUUUUACUGUUCAUUUCAAGGAGUGUACCUUAGUGCUGUUGAUAAUCAAAAUUCACACUCAAGUGCAGCAGCCUCGGUGAUGUACAUUGUGGUCACCCCCAUGAAGUCUUACAGUUUAGAUUCAGAAAUGCUGACAAUCGAAUUGUUGUUCAGAGAGUAUGCAGCCUUCAGCUGGUUGGAACAUGGUUGCAGAUUUUGCAGUCUUAAGUCAGACUACGGGACCAAUGCUGCACUCUGUCCUUUCGUCCUGCUAGGGACAGAGCUUCAGUCUUCAUUGUUUAGACUCCUGCAAAGCAAUGUAGAUGCCUAA